GAACAUCUCACCAAAAUUCGUAAGACAUCGAAAGACGAGCUGACUUUUAAAUAAUAUCCGGACCUAUAUACCCUACUUACCAACCACAAUGUCAGCAACAGAGGAAUCGCCAGCCCAGCGGGCAGCUCGCCUCCGGCGUGAACGCCGCGAAGCUAAAAUUAGAGCAGAUGGUUCUGCGAGGCUCGACAAGAUCACCAGUCUCAGUGGACGGACACCUGCAAACACAUUGAGGGAGGAUUCUCCCGCCUCACUUUCCGAUUCUACCCCAACCCCCGAACACCGCCCACAUGCACCGCCGAAAUCCAUUUCCCCUCUACCUCCAUCGCCCAAUGUCGAAGAUCAGACUCCCGAAGGUCUCAAAGCACAGGAAGAGUAUCUGCGGGCUCUUUUACGCUCACAACAGCCUUUGGACCAACAGACUCCUGAGCAAAACCCAACGGCUUUGCUAAGCAGCUUAUUAGCUGGAGGACCAGCUGGCAGCGAUACCUUCCCUGGCGGCGGAGAAGGCCCAGCGUUUAAUCUAGCCGAUAUUGCUUCCGGCUUUGGUGUUCCACCAUACCUAGCCAAAUUCUUCUUUGGCGGGAAUUCGCAACCUGCUUCGCCGGCGGAGCAACGGAUUACAUCCAUUUGGAAACUCGUACAUGUGGUGUUCUCUCUAGCAAUGGGCAUAUAUUUACUCAGUCUGUUCCGGUCCUCUGUUUUGACCUUCGGACCGAAUCCUCCGCCUCCUGCAACUGCCCAAAAUCCGUUUGUACUGUUCUUGACUGGGGAGGUUGUGUUGUGUGGAACGAGAGUUUUGACACGAGCUAGAGACGGCGAACUCAAGAAUGCACGGGCUUGGAUACAGAUUCUGAGAGAGCUCGUGAGGGAUGGGAGAAUUGCAGUGUUUGUCCUUGGUGCUGGGAUGUGGUUGUUUGGUGAAGAGAAGUCUGAAGAUAAGUCAUGAUGUUUAUACGGCCAUAAUGCGAAAUGUCUAAAUAUUUUUACGAACCAAAUGCUAGCCUCUGGGCGAUUUUAACAGGAAUAUGGAUGAAUAUCCAGCCCCCUGUUUACGGAGUAGUUUUAUCCACUUCCUAAGCAGAAGAAAAAUCUCCCGCGUCAUUUCACUCGAUCUAGCACACCCUGGAUUCUGGUGCUUUUAUCCUAUUUUUAGAUCCGGAGAGGGCGAAUUCUCGGGAGCUCUGGGAAUACAUCAGUCACAUGUUGCAAAAUAAUGUAGGCCGUGCACCCCAGAAAAUUAUUAGAAAAUGAGUUCCUUGUGAGCGUUCUUUGCACACAUGUAAAUUCCAAAUCAGGUUAGUGACAUCUCAUUGUGACUCUCAUAGGCGACAAGCUAGAUAACUAUGCACCCUCCACUUAUCUCAGCAGGCUCAGACGGUCAGACCUCUAUUCUGCUCAGUUGCAGAUAUUACCUGAGUAAUUCAGCAUGACAGUAUAUCUGGGGAAAAAUUAUAUAUUUUCAGAGAAUAUUGAUAUUAUAUAACUUUGAAUUUCAAU